AUGGAGAGGUACAAGAUAAUUAAGGAAGUUGGUAAUGGUACAUUUGGGAGUGUGUGGCAAGCUUUGAAUAAACAAACCGGUGAAGUGGUUGCAAUUAAAAAAAUGAAAAAGAAAUAUUGUUCAUGGGAAGAAUGCAUAAACUUAAGAGAAGUCAAGUCAUUAAGAAAAAUGAUCCAUCCAAAUAUCAUUAAGCUUAAGGAAGUGAUUAGGGAAAAUAAUGACAUUUUAUACUUUGUGUUUGAAUACAUGGAGUGUAACUUAUAUCAGCUAAUGAAUGAUAGGCCUAACAUUUUCUCAGAAUCACAAGUGAGAAACUGGUGUUUCCAAAUAUUUCAAGGUCUUGCAUAUAUCCAUCAACGAGGAUAUUUUCAUCGCGAUCUUAAGCCAGAGAACUUGUUGGUUUCAAAAGAUACAACAAUAAAAAUUGCUGAUUUUGGUCUUGUUCGGGAGAUAAAUUCUCAUGCACCAUAUACAGAUUACGUCUCAACUCGUUGGUAUCGUGCACCUGAAGUUAUACUACGGUCACCGGUCUAUGGUCCUGCUGUUGAUAUGUGGGCAAUGGGUGCAAUAAUGGCUGAGUUAUUAACUCUUCGUCCUCUAUUCCCUGGUUUAAGUGAAGUAGAUGAGAUGUACAAAAUAUGCCGCGUUAUAGGUACGCCAUCAAAAAGUGAAUGGGCGCGCGGGCACGAACUUGCUAGUGCUAUUAACUAUCAGUUCCCGCAGAUUGGUGGUGUACAUCUUUCUUUGUUACUUCCAUCUGUUAGUGAGGAUGCAGUUAAUCUAAUCGCUUCGCUUUGUUCUUGGGAUCCUUUCAAGAGGCCAACUGCGGUCCAAGUUCUUCAGCAUCGGUUUUUCCAGAGUUGCUUUUAUAGACCUCCGUCGCUAUGUUCUAAGGCUGCUGUUGCUAGGACCCCUCCGUAUGCUGGAAUGCUGGGGGCCUUGGAGCAAAAAACCAAUAGGUGGUCGUCUAGUACUUUAACCAACGUCCCAAAGCCUAGUAGCAAUUUCUCUCAUGUCAAGUCACAGUAUAGCCCGAGUUUCCGGGCAAAGUUGCAAAUGAAUUAUCAGGAUGAAACGAAGAAUGAUAAAUCCCUAAAAGGCUCUAAUAGCCAACAAAAUAUUGUCAACAUGACCAUUAGUUGUUGUUGA